AUGAGUUUCUACUUAUUACCUCCAGUAUCAUAUCAAACACAACAAAAGUUAAAACGUCAAAUGAACGAGAAGAAAUCUUCUCGUUCGAAAUCAAGAUCACAAUCAAGGUCACAGUCAAGAUCAUCUCAUUCAUCAACCCGUUCAUCCCAAUCUCCUUCAUUGGAUUCAAAAUCUUUUGAUUUGAAUUCAAUCUUACUGCCAAAUUCAAAGCUGCUUGACCUAGAAAGAUCCGAAUCAAGUUUAGAGGAGGGUAAAAAAUCUACAUUUAAUUACGAAUGUAAUUCAGAUAUUAAUGAAAUCAUGAAAUAUAAUAAAGAUCAUCACAGAAAAUCUCAAACACGUCAUCAUAAGAAGAAUUCAAUGUCAGCUUCUUCUUCAAUGUAUACCAGAACAUCUUUUGAAACAGAACCAGAAGUUAAAGUCAAUUUCAAAGAAGUUAACUUUGGCGGAGAAACUUUACAAGAACCAGCCCAAAUAUCAAAAGGUGAAACGAUUAGAGAAGAAGAAACCGAAGAUUUCGAUAAUGAAAGUCUACCAGAAUUAACAAAAGAAUAUUCAAACGUUAGUUCUAUCUUCAGUACUAAGAAAGACGAUAAACUGAGCAAAAAUAAAUUAUUUAAAAGAAAAUCAAUUACUCCUCCAUCUUCCACUGAAAGCUCUCCUAAAAUUGAAAUUAUUUCAAAUGCUCCCCCAGCUAAAUCAAAUAAAUUCGCUGCUAAAUUGAAAAAAAAAUUUAGUUAA